GCAAAAAUAUAUUGUCUGUUAUAAAUUAUAACGUUAAUAUACUACCCAUUUUCUUUAGGUAUAAAAUAUAGGCAAUAGCCAAUAGGAAUAAGUUUUAAGUUAACGAGACAACUAUCAUAGACGGUUGAUCCAUUUAACUAUUAACUAUUGAUGAAAUGAUUGAUGAAAUUAUAACUGUAUCCGCAGUGUAAUUAUACGCAAUGCACUAUUAUACAAUAUGUCUAGUCUACAGUGGGUAUAUUAUGUAAAUUAUUAUGACAUAACAUUUAUCGUAAAAAAACAGCAGAAAAAAGCUUGAUCAGAAACGGAAACUUUAGUUAAAAACAGAUCGUAAAAACUAAAUAUAAUAAUAAUAAACGAAUAAAAUUCACUCGCGUUUACAAUGUGAGACCGUGCCAUUUAAACGGUAUAAAACUAUAAAAGUCGUUUGAUAAUAAUUAUAUACUUUUGCGAAAAAAAAAAAAAAAAAAAUAAAAAAAAUAAAACCUUUGCGUACGCAUAACAGAAUGCCGCCACCUGCACCAUCGGUCGGACGCGCGUGCAUUUUUUUUUAUAUAAUAUUAUAUACAUUUUUCCGCAAACUCGUAUGUAUACACUAUGUGUGUGUGUGUGUGUGUGUGUAUGUGUGUGUGUGUACAUAAAAAAUGCGCGACGCUAUAUAAUAUGAACCGUUGAGCACAACCACUAUAUACCUACCGCUACCGCGGUUACCACGGAUACGUGCGUUGUGUGUGCGCUCGCCCACGGAGCCGGCGCGCGCGGACCGUGCGGAGCGCAAGUCCCAUAGGAAGAAGAGCGCAGUGCCGUAACGACCGCCGCCGGACGCGUGUGCGACUUUGGCGCGAGAAUUUUGUUUGGCUUUCGAUUUUUUUUUUUGGUUUACGAAUCGCGUCCUGCCUUUAGCAGAUAAUUUUGCCGGACUCAAUUUGUCCGUAGACGCGUAAUAUACAUUGAGUUGUACUCGCAUUCUUCGUAUUUUACGCGCCCCUGGCGAUCCGACGCGGACGACCACCGGCGGCGUGUGCCCCCGCGGGGCCGGCUCGGAUAUCCGCAAACGGAUUUCACCGGAGACGAAAGCCAACCGGAAUCGUAAUAGUGACAGUGGUCGAGGUUGCGGUCAAAGUAACCGGUAGCCGGCGGAGGUGGUGGUGGCGGUGGUGGUGGUGGAGGAGGAGCCAUGCGAAAACCAAAGAAAUGUCACUGUCCACGCAAAACAUAUGUGUGUCUAUGAGCCACAUCCCAUGCAUGUUAAGUCAACGGUGGCUGCAGUGGUAGCAGUCAUAGUGUCACCAAAGAAACAUCAUAAUUUGACUGUUCUCGUGAGGAAUAAGCGGCGUAGAAAAUUGUCACAGUCGCCUGAGUAAAUAUCAAUGGGGUGGGAGAUUGGCGUGUGGGUGAUACGAUCCACGGCCGAGGUGCAUCUGGGUUCAACUGCAGACAUGAGGACGCCAUGUUAAGGUUAACAUGGUAGGUGGUCACCAGCCGCAGUCGACGGGAGGCGCCAACUGCACGGGCACUAUGAUGAACAUACUGAACAUAGACGCCGAGAACCGGGUGGUGCUGAACGUCGGCGGCAUUAGGCACGAGACCUACAAGGCCACCCUGAAGAAAAUACCCGCCACGAGAUUGAGCAGGCUGACCGAGGCGUUGGCCAACUAUGACCCGGUGCUAAACGAAUACUUCUUCGACAGACAUCCCGGCGUGUUUGCUCAGGUCCUCAACUAUUACAGGACGGGUAAACUCCAUUACCCGACGGAUGUUUGCGGGCCGUUGUUCGAAGAGGAAUUGGAAUUUUGGGGUCUGGACGCGAACCAAGUGGAACCCUGUUGCUGGAUGACCUACACCCAGCACAGGGAUACGCAAGAAACGCUCGCGGUUUUGGACCGGCUGGACUUGGAUACGGAGAAGCCUAGUGACGAAGAAAUGGCUCGGAAAUUUGGUUUCGAGGAAGCGUUCUUUCAGGGUAGACUCACCUGGUGGCAGCGGUUCAAGCCCCAGCUGUGGUCCAUGUUCGACGAACCGUACUCGUCGAACGCUGCCAAGAUAAUCGGCAUCGUGUCCGUGUUCUUCAUAUGCGUGUCGAUCCUGUCGUUUUGCCUGAAAACGCACCCGAACAUGCGGGUGCCGAUCAUUAAAAACAUCACGGUGAACACUUCGUUCAACACGACCGCCUGGGUGCUGGACAAGACGCAGACGAAUGCGCACGAGGCGUUCUUCUACAUCGAGUGCGUGUGCAACGCAUGGUUCACGUUCGAGAUCCUAGUGCGAUUCAUCGCCUCGCCGAACAAGUGUGAGUUCGUCAAGGCGUCAGUGAACAUCAUCGACUACAUAGCCACGCUGUCGUUCUACAUCGACCUGAUACUACAGAAGUUCGCGUCACACCUGGAAAACGCCGACAUACUCGAGUUCUUCUCAAUCAUCCGGAUCAUGCGGCUGUUCAAGCUCACCCGACACUCGUCCGGGCUGAAGAUACUGAUGCAGACGUUCCGGGCGUCCGCCAAGGAGCUGACGUUGCUGGUGUUCUUCCUGGUGCUGGGAAUCGUGAUAUUCGCCAGCUUGGUGUACUACGCUGAGCGCAUCCAGGCCAACCCGCACAACGACUUCAACAGCAUACCGCUAGGCCUGUGGUGGGCCCUGGUCACGAUGACCACUGUCGGUUACGGUGACAUGGCACCGAAAACUUACGUGGGCAUGUUCGUCGGGGCCCUGUGCGCGUUGGCCGGUGUGCUCACCAUCGCCCUGCCCGUUCCCGUCAUCGUCUCCAACUUUGCCAUGUACUACUCGCACACGCAGGCUCGGGCCAAGCUGCCCAAGAAGCGGCGCCGAGUGCUGCCCGUCGAACAGCCCCGUGGGCCCCGGCUACCUGGCCAGGGCCCGCCGCCCCAGCAACAGAUGAACCAGCCUGGAUGCGGCAUGGGCGGUAUAGGCGUCGGUGGCGGUGGCGGUGGUCACGGGCCGUGCGCCGGCGUCGGCGGUCUGCCGCCAAACGUGGCCGGAGCGCCGGUCAACACGACGGGCGUGCCGGCCGUCAACCGGCGGAUGAACGCCAUCAAGAGCAAUCAUCCCAAAGAUGGGGCGGGACCCAAAGUCGUUGGCGUUUCAAUGACGUUGAACCCGAACGGCGUGGGAGUAAAAGCCGAACCUGUGAUGUCCACGGGUGUUGUCGGCGUCGGCGGUCCGAGGAAACAGUCGGCCACGAAGACGUGAAUGGCUACGACGGUGGAUUGCGGCGACGGCCGUGGCAGCGGAACGUUUAUUCUAAAAUACGAGUGGAAAUCGAGGAUCAAAAUCGUUUUAUUAUUUUUCGUUUUUAAGUUUCAUUGUUUUUUCCGACAAGACAACAAAAAACACACUCCCGUUACGAUAUCAUUAUAAUAUAUUGUAUUACCCGUAUUAUGGUAUUAUAAUUUGUAUUCCGAGUAUUAUUAUUAUUAUUAUUACUAUACGACGGCAUCAGUAGGUAUAUUAAUUAUUUAUAAUAUAGUGUUAUAAUAUUAUUAUUGUUAUUAUUAUUAUUAACCUUAGAUAAACUCCAGUCCUGUCAUGAUGUACAAAUUUAUCUAUUAAUACUAUUAAACUGCACGCACACACAAAAAAACGACCAAAACACGACCAAGUAAUGUGUAUGCAUUAAUUUCCGACCAAAGAUCCACGACAUUCGAAGGUAUCUCUACACAUGGGCAGCAGCCACUAUAUUUAGUAUAAUAUUAUAUUUGCGCCCUCUCUCAUCGUCAUCGUUAAAAUAAUAAUAUUAUAAUACAGCCUCUCGUUGCUAUAAUUUUAUUCGCAUCGAGUAACACGUGGUGUAAAUAUUUGAUUUUUGAUUUUUUUUUUUUUUACACAACAUUUCGUUUUUGUUAACGGUUUCCUCAUAUUAUUGUUAAAAUUAAUUUAUAAUAUUAUCGAGAUUUGCAAAUCUCGUCACUCCCAGAAACCAUGGUCAUUCGGCUGUACCUUUAUAAUAUUAUGAUACGUACGGGGUAAUUUUUUUUAACGUAAGACACUCAUAAAACGUCACAUUGUUUUUUUUAACUAUAUAAACGGUUAUAAGUAAGUAUUUAUAUCUACGACUUAAAAAUUGAAUUUUUUAUCUUACCUAUAUUAUAAUAUACAUACCUACAUAAUAUUAUUAUUUAUUAUAUAGAUUCGUUUAGAUUUUGUACUUUUUUUAAAAUUUAAUGGUUAUAUCCCUCGCUACUUUUGCACUCGUCUGUAAGUUAGUAUAUCUAAACUGUAUAAACAACCAACUAUUGGUACAAGUAUAGGUACCUAUAAUUUUGUAUGUAUAAAUUUAAAAAAAUAUGUAUUCUUUGUCAGGAGAAUUAUAUUUUUCUCCAGAAUAUGAAAUAAAAAUAACAAGAACAUAUUGAUAUGAUAAAAAAAUAAGUUAAUAAAUAUAGAUAAUAAUAUAAAAUAACCUACUUUAAAUUAAAAGCUAUUUUUUACAAACAGUGUCUUGCGUAACAAAAAUUUCUCCUCGUACAUGUAUUUAUAUAUUGUGAUAUUAGAUAGCUAAAUAUUCGUGACGAAUGUGUCUUUGAUUAUAGUUGAAAUGGACUUAUAUAUUAUAUUGGCCAUCAUCGACGGUGGUGUGACCUGUACCCAAAGUCCCAAAACAAUAUUAUAAUAUACGUAUGUACUAUAUAAUAUUAUGUGUAUAAUGUAUAAUAUAUUAUGCGUGUCGUUGAAUACGAAACAGCUGAACAAACCAAUAAUAAUAGAUUUUUUUUUGAUUGAAAAUAUCCUUAUUGUGGGAUUUGUACGGUUUUACAGAGAAAAAUUUGCUCACUUUUAAAGAAUAAUAAUAAAAUAUAAAAUAAAUAAUAGACUAUAAUAUUAUAUUAUAUAAAAAAUGUGUUGCACAGAAUUAUUUUGUUUCUAUUCAACAACUACGUUACAACACAUUAUUAUUAUUAUUAUUAAUAUUAUUCGACAAAAAAAAAAUAAAAACAAAAAAAACAUUGACGAUUAUUUAUAUAUAUAUUAUAUAUAAUUUAUUACAUUUUUUUAUGUACAUAAUAAUUACUCUAGUAGAUUAUUUAUGCAUAGCAGUAUUAUCUACGACCAUUUUUUGAAUGCACCAAAAAUAAUUAGACAAAAAUAAUAAUUUGCUUCGAUAAACAAUACAAAUUAAUAUUCUCAUUUAUAUAUUAUAUAUAUAAUGUCGUUCUUAAAAUGUUUAUGGAAAAUUAUAUUAUAUGUAUUAAACGUUACACUUAAACAUUGUAUUUAAAAACAUUUUAUACUCGUUUAGAACUAAAUUUAUUAUUAUCAUCAAAAUAUGAACAUGUUAUUAUACGAUAAUUCUAUUAUCUAUUUAUAAUUAAAUUAUUAUGUUUUAUAGUUAAAUUCUGUUUCUGUCCACGAAUACUUUUUUUCUUAUAUUUUUUGUUCUUUAUGUUAAUUGUAUAAGUUAUUAUUAUGUUAUUUUGUUUUGACAUUCAUUUUACGUUCCCUGGUUGUGAUUUUUAAGGUUGUUUUUAUGUUAUUACUUUAUAAAGUUUUAUUACAUCAUUGUCGUUCAAACUGUGGCUGUGUAUUUUUUUUUUUUUUUUUUAUUAUUACUCAACAAAAUCCAAGCAGGAACACAACAUACACACA